GAAGUAGCUGCUGACUUAAAAGGAAGUGGAUGAAAGACUCGAAAAAUCAGGCAGAUUUGGGUGUUCACUUCUAAGUUUGGCUCCAAGUCCUUGAAGGGCAGUGGUCACUUGUCAUUGACGAGGAGAGGGGACCAUGUGGCUGCCCCCAGCUCUGCUCCUUCUCGUCCUCCCAGGCAGCUCCACCGCCUAUCCAAUCAUCGGUCCAGCCAGAGUGAGCGGCAUGGAGAGGGACUCACUGAGUGUGCGGUGUCGCUAUGACAGCGGGUGGGAGACCUACAGAAAGUGGUGGUGCCAAGGAGCUGAUUGGAACAGCUGCAAGAUCCUCGUCAUAACCACUGGAUCUGAGCAGGAGGUGAAGAAGGACCGUGUGUCCAUCAGGGAUGAUCAGGAAAACCGCAUCAUCACGGUGACCAUGGAGAAGCUCAGGAGAGGUGAUGCUGAUACUUACUGGUGCGGGAUUGAGAGAAUUGGAGCUGAUCACAGGUUCCCAGUUGAGGUGACCAUUGACCCAGUAAGGACAACCACUCUGGAGUUCACACUCGCAACUACUGAGAAGACCGUCAGCAGCCCACCAGGGACUCACACCAGCAGGUCCCUGCUCAGCAGCAUCCACUUCCUGCUCCUGGUCUUCCUGAAACUGCCCCUACUACUGGGCAUGCUCAGUGCUGUGCUCUGGGUGAACUGGCCUCUGAGGGCUCCUCGUGUGGAGACAGAGGCAUGAGAAUCCCCAACUCCCCAUGCCCAGUGAGACCCUGUGGGGCACGCAUGCUCAUACACCUGCCAAGAGAUUGUGAUAGGCAGUUAGCUAGAAAUGGGUGGGCAGCCCUAAGAAAAUAGCAGAAGGACACCUGUGACAUCAGUCACAGCUCGUCAGAAGUUGCAGCCAGCCCCUCUGCAGAGACUCCUUCAUCUUUCCCAACUCCCAGAUCCGGGAAGGGGAGACAGAUCUCAUUUUGCUCUUUAGUACAUGAAAGACACAUAGAGACAUUUGUUAAUUUCCCUCAUAUUACUCCUCAUAAAUACAAAAGGACCCAACAAGAUGUUUUAUGCCCAAUUAAUUUAUGACCCACUAGGGGUUCAUCCAUGCUCAUAUCAAGGUCCACACUGGGCACACACAAUUAGGCAAUCAAAUUCCUCAAAUUCUUCCUCUACAAGAGACAUGCACAAAUGCAGGAGGAAGCCCAGGAAUUCAAAGAAUAUAGAUACCAUGACAGAACUCCCACUGCUAAAAACUCAUUACCACCUCUAGCAGUAAAAGUAAUACCUGAUCUCUUCCAAAUGGAGUUGCUGCCUAGCGACCUGCCCACUCCAAAGUCUUUCAUGUUUUUUUAUUUCAUGUCUUAGGGCGGAUCUUCAAUCUUAGAGUUCUGGACCUAAAGAACCUAAAGGGUUUUACACAGCACAGCUCAGCAUUCUCCCAUCCUGUAUCAAGACUCUGGGUUCCAGUGGGCAUGGGGAACUGCGGGUCUCACACAGCCCCUAGAACUGGAGAAGAUGGAACUUCUGACCCUGAACCAUAGAGCCCCCUUCAUCUCAUCACCAGAACCUCAAAAAAGUCUUGCAAAUAAAA